GAACAAUAUUCCGCAGGAUUUAAUAUUUUGUUGGUAAUCACGUGAUAUCGUCCAAUAUAAAAAUUAUAACAUUUUAAGCAAUGAAACUAAAAUUAUAAGAAAAAAUCACAGAUACGGAAAUCAAAGAAAAAUUAAAUAACAAAAGAAAGAUUUGUUAUUUUUAUUUGGCCCAAAAUGAGCCAACAUUUUGAGAGUACGAUGCGUGGCGGUGGUGGAGGCAAAGGUAAUGUCUUUCAUAGCUAUGCAGUCCGUCAGUUCUCAGAGGAAGUGUCGGAGUCAACAACAACAGCUGGUGAGGAUGGCACCUCUGGAGCUAGUGAGGUUAUAACGCGAGAUGAUGAUUUUACCGAAGACAACAAUUUUGAAUCGAAUUUGAGACGUCGCAAAGGCAAAUUAAUAUCCUGUGCCAAAGAGACAAUUGAAAACGCUUCCCGCCAAUUACGCCGCAAAGUACCUUAUGCAGGACACCUUAUGACGCCACGUCGGCUUUGGCUUAACAAAAUACCCACCCAGUGCGAUGUUGUCAUUGAAUUUCCCGAGGAUGCCCCAGACGAGGCCUUGCGUUGGUUACUCGCCCGCAUACGUUCUCAGCCGCCUGCUGGAUUAGGUCUUUUAGUCCAGGUUAAGGCCCACGAGAGCUCCAGCCGCAAUGCCUUUUACGUGAGCGCUCCAGUUAAUAUACUUUUCAGAGCAGCGGAGGAAGCUCGCCUGCCAAAGCGGUUGCGUCCAGAUCUAGGAGGGGCAUUGCGUGAAUUUACAACCCGCGAAAGUCACUGCUUCCAACAAUUGCGGGGCGAUGUGGGCAGCACAGCUUUGUUUACAUCUCAAGAGCGCCAGUGGUUAGUGUUACAGGUUCUACAAGGACUGCGCGCUGGAUGCAGUGACAUUGACGCUCUACAGGGUCGCGCUGCUGUUGCUGAAGGUCAAAGUAUUGUUGCCGCUUGGCAGGAGUCUGGACUGAUAACACAGGUCUUUCCCUUGCACGAGAGCGGUUCUCUGGCGCAGUUACAAACACAUUGGGUCAAGCAAAUCUGUGCCCCCCAACCAUUAGACGAUAUUGCAGCAUAUUUUGGUGUAAAGGUUGCACUCUACUUUGCAUGGUUGGGCCACUACACAUGCGCAUUGGGUGUGCCGGCCGUAUUUGGCACUAUACUCUACGGCAUAUUGUGGGGCAAGGGCCAAAUAGCUCAGGAUAUGGGCCAUGUGCUAUUCUCGCUCUUCAAUGUAGCCUGGGCAUCACUCUAUCUAGAGGCUUGGAAACGCUACUCCGUGGAAUUGGCCUUUCGCUGGGGAACUUUAUCAACUCCACCCGAACUUCUUGAACCGCCCAGGCCUCUCUACAAGGGUCCUUUGGAAGAAAACAAUGUGACAGGAAGAUUGGAACCUAAAGAAGCUCCUGCAUGGCAGCGGCGAGCCUUUCGCUAUUUGGUCAGCUUUCCUGUAAUUGGUCUGUGCCUCUGCUUAGUGUUUGUUGUGAUGUUUUUAAUGUUGAGAUUUCAGGAUUGGCUGGAUCACCAUAAUAUACCCGAUAAAGGAAUUCCGCAAUGCAUGUAUAAUUUGCACAAGGAUUGGUGGGACUCCAAACUUCCGGAGGAGAGCGUUCUAUGCUGUUUAAGUGUGAUUCCGAAAGUUUUACUGGCCGGUGCAAUUACUUUGAUGGAUGAGGCCUAUUUCAAGUUGGCCGUUUGGCUUAAUGAUCGAGAAAAUUAUCGACUGCAGUCCAAAUACGAGAAUCAUUUAAUAGCUAAGGUGGCUCUCUUUCAAUUCGUCAACUCGUUCCUCUCACUCUUUUACAUUGCUUUCUACCUACGCGAUGAAGACAAGCUGAAGGAGCAAUUGGCUGGUUUGCUUAUCUCUCGACAAAUUAUUGGGAAUUUACGAGAGUCGGCCAUUCCCUAUUUUUUGGAGCAAUGGAGGCUGGCUAAGCUGAGCUUUAACAUGUGGGGGGCUUUAAGUCCCACUCAACAUUUGAAUCGAAGUCUUGCUGAAGAGUUAGCAACCGCCGAAGAGAAACUUAAAGCUGAGUCUGAUGCCAGGCCGGUAGAGCAGCAGCAACCACAACAAAAGCACCAGCAGCCAGUGGCAAGCAAACGUAAUAUUGGACAGGCUGAGAUUGAGAGUUCACUGUACAAGUAUGAUGGGACUUUCUCAGAUCAUUUGGAGAUGCUCGUCCAAAUGGGCUAUGUGGUGCUCUUCUCAGCUGCCUUUCCACUGGCUGGCUUAUGUGCGCUUAUCAACAACCUGAUGGAGAUUCGUUCUGAUGCCUUUAAGCUCGCACACGUACAUCAACGGCCAUUUGGUCAACGGGUAGCGAACAUUGGCACCUGGCAAAAUGCACUUAGCAUAUUGUCGCUGGCUGCGGUGAUUGUCAACUGUGCACUGAUUGGUCUCUCUGGUCAGGUCUCGCGACUAUGGCCAGGACUUUCUACCGCACAAACUAUAAUACUGAUUGUUACUCUGGAGCAUAUCAUGCUGGGUCUGCGCCAGGCUUUGACAUGGCUAUUGCCAGAAUUGCCAUCUUGGUUGGCAGCGGAGAUUGCACGUGCCGAGCAUUGCCGACGUGAGAUGCAGUGCAAGGGCACUUCACCUCGCCCGACACCACCCACUCCACACUCUAGCACAUCAACACAGCCAGAACAAGAAUAUAAUGAAGGCAAUACAACGCACGAGCAAGUCAUGGAAAGUCAGGUGGCAGAUGAUUUGCUGCUUUACGAUCACGAACUCACAGAUCCGGGCUUCGGCCGUAGCAUUGAGGCGGAUGUGAAUAUAUACGAGAAUCGCGAUUCCUCACCUGAUUCACCGCCAUCCCAAACUAGCACAAUACUAAUUCGGCCGCUGCACGAAUCGACACCGCCACACGGAUGUUCAUCACUCAGCAGUUUGCAUCAGGAUGGCAAUGGCGGCGUUUCUACGAGCACAGUUGUUGACAACCCAGGUUCCCGCAUGCAAUCGAUGCAUAUCCAGGAAAUUCCACCAUUCCGCAAGAAAUCCAGCGAUUCGGCAGGCAGCAGCACCAGCAGCAGUCCACAGCGUUGCUCAAAGCGACAGCUGCAAUUACAACAACUCCAGCAACAGCAUCCGACGAAGAUAGCGGAGAUUCCGCCGUACAGCAAGACGCGCAAAAUUUCCGCUGAAAGCGCAACUCAUUUGCAGAUGAGCGAAAAACUGCACAUAAAACUUCAUGCACCCGAAUGGAUGUCCCGUUUAAAAGUGAACGACAAUGCAAACCUGCAUAGAAGCAUAGAUUGUAUUUCUAAGGAACUAAUAAACAAUACUGACAACACCGAUAUCCUGAAGCCUGCACCAUCUUGGAGCAAUGUGGCUCUGAAGUCCGGCGCAUCUGGUAACAAGCUGGCCACGUCUCCAGCUACGCAACAACAAUAUAAAAUUGUUGCUUCAUCCUCUUCCUCAUCGGGCGGUGGAAGCGUGUUUAGUCCGAAUAGCGUUGGUCCUAUUGCCUCUAGCGGUGUUAUCAAUUCUCAGUCGCGUCCAAGCGUAGGUGCUUUGUCAAAUUCUUCAUCAAGUUCUUCGCAAAAACUUCAACAGAAGCAUGCUAAGGAAGAUCGUGAGAAGGAAAAGGAAAGCGAUAGAGAAAAGGAAAGAGAAGAGGAAGCUGCACCUACAGCAUCCACAUCUUCGGUCAAUACAGAUGACGAGAUUAAGGCUGCUGAACUGGCGGCAAAAAAAUCGCGCCUCAAACAGAAAUUGGUGAAGAGUGCUCGCUCUGUUGCGAUAUUUUCGCUUAAGUUAAAGGAACGUCGACAGCGUGAGGCUGAAAAGGCAGCCACAAUUGCGGUGGAGCAUGCCAAGGCUCUAGCCAAGCUUCCUAUGCCACAACCUGUUGGCGGCGAGUUGUCCUUAAUACCCAUCGAACAAUUAAUACAAAUUGAGGAUAUCAAACCUGUGAUCAAACCUACAACCACAAUAUCGACAUCUUCCUCCACACAAGCGAGUUCUUCUAUCCAUUACCAUAAUCAUCCCCAGCAACAACAGUAAAAUUAUCAGCCCCAUUCGAAUAACUAAAAAAAAACUUAAACCCGUAGAAAAGUAAAAACUAUUUAUUAUUUA